AUGAAGGCGCUGGUGUUAGGAGCGCUGGUGUUAGUGCUGGUCACUGUGGCUUUCUGCAUUCCUGCAACAGGGAAGAAUGGAAAAUUCACCCAACAUCCAACUCGAAGUCGGGGAGUUAAGACUUCUGGUGAAUCCGAGAGGACAGCGCUUGGUAAUGAACUUCAAAAUUCGGGUCCGGGGUCUGAACCUGGAGGCGACUCUACGAACCAGAAUGCAAACGAUAGCGGAAGGAGAGGCAGAAAAAGUGAGGAGAAGAAUAGACCUAGAGGGAGGAAGAGGACAGAAGGCACUACAGCUUCCACCACCCCCGCAACAACCAUCACCACUUCCACGGCAAUACCUCAAAUCGCUGAAUCUAGUAAAACACCAGAACCUGAUUUUGUCUUUGACAAUUACAAAACAAUUCAAGAAGUGGAUGACGCCGAAUCUAUCAAUGCCACAACAAAGUCAGUCAGUGAGGAGUCAAAGAAUACGAAAGCCGGAAUUGCUGUAACUACAGACAAAAUGGAUAGCAUGGAGGGGAAGAACAAAAACAAGGCACCGAUUUCAAAGAAGCAGAGUUCAGACAAGAAUGCGGCAAAAUCCUCAGGUCUCCACGAAUAUCACCAGUCCCGGCCAUACCUUGACUACUACCAGGAGGUCCCUCCUGAAUAUCUCAUGCCACAAAUGGAAGAAUUUCCUUACGAACCGCAGUCAACGAGUUGGAAUAUUUACGGUCACAACUUCUAUCCAUCAUCACCGAUGGGAGGCAGCCCACAUUGGAGCCCACUCCAAGACCAGUUGUACGAGACCCUCUACAACCCAAUGUGGCCGGAGGAGGAGCAGUUCUAUGACAUGGGACCAUAUUGGUGGGACAACAUGGUGCAAAUCAAUAAAGAGAGUUGCUGUAGCAAAAAGAACAAAAAGAAGACGACGACAACGACUGUAGCGACAGUUUCAACAACAACGACGGCACCAACUACAACGUCAAGCUCUGUAGCUACAGAACUGGUAGCUACAUCACUUCCGACUACCACCACUACCGCUGCUGCUGCUAUCAUGGAUACCACCGCAACGACAAUUUCAAACACAAACUCAACCUGGAAGAGGAUUGAAGGUCUGCUGAGGGGGUAA